AUGGCGCAUGAUAAAGGUGUUGGUGGUUUUUCUUUCUUUGAAUCUCAGGGUUCUCUUUUCAGCACUGGAGCUCAGUCACUUGUUAGUGUUCAAACUUCUCUCACUGGAUCAGACAAUACCAGAGUCUCACAGAGCGUUCCUGCUCAUUUUGGAUCUCCUACUUCAUUACCAGAAGUGGGAAACUCUGGAAUGACAUCUUUCUCCUCAGUUGGUUCUUCUUCAAGUAAUACUGGCUUAGUUUCUGCUGCUGCUUCAGCUAGCAACCCCGUUGGCUCCAGCGCUGCUACUUUUGGGAACUUUAGUUUUGGGACAAGUUCUUCAGCUUCAUCUACGAUGGUCACUUCAGUUGGCCCUGGCAGUGGGACAACUCAGCCGGUGUUUGCCUUUGGUGCUAGUCCUGCAGUGUCUGCAGCCACCUCUGCACUUGCCACUUCCAGCAAUGCUACUUCUGCUAUGUUUAAUUUUGGUGUUAAUUCUUCAUCUUCCUCGGCAAAGGCCAUCGACACCUCUACCCGCCCUAGUCGUAGCACAUUUAAUUUUGGUGAUAGUUCUUCAGCUUCCUCAUUGAACAAUGUCAGCACAUCUAAUAGUGCUGCUCCUGGAAUAUUUAGUUUUGGUGGUGGUUCUUCAGCUUCUUCAACAAAUACUAUCAGCACCUCCAUUAAUGCUACUCCUGCCAUAUUUAGUUUUGGUGGUAGUUCUUCGGCUUCCUCAACAAAUACUGUCAGCACCUCCACUAGUGCUAUCCCCGGCAUGUUCAGUUUUGGUGGUAGUUCUUCGGCUUCCUCAACAAAUACUGUCAGCACCUCCACUAUUGCUACCCCCGUCAUGUUCAGUUUUGGUGCUAGCUCUUCCGUUUCGUCAAUAAAUACUGUCAGCACCUCCACUAAUGCUACCCCCAGCAUAUUUAGUUUCGGUGCUAGCUCUUCAGUUUCGUCUGCAAAUGCUGUCAAUGCCAGUAGCAUAGUCGGUUCUAAUCCAUUUGCUUUUAGUGCCAGUUCUGCCUCACCACAAACUUCCAGUACUGCUGGAAUUUUCAGUUCCAACUGGCAGGCCCCAAAGUCUCCAGGCUUUGGUUCUCCAUUUAGUUCUGCUACCCCUACUGUAUUUGGAUUUGGAGCAUCUUCGUCUUCUUUUGCUGCUCCAACCACCACUGCUGCGGUCUUUGGAUCAACACCCAGUACCCCAAGUGGGCCAGCCUUUCCAUUUAGCUCAACUUCUUUGACAAACUCAUCUCCGCAGCCCAUAUUUGGGAACUCUAAUUCUCCUUUUACUGCAUCCCCUGGGAAUAAUAACCAGAUGAACAUGGAAGACAGCAUGGCUGAGGACACUAUGAAUGCAUCUUCCCCUGCAUUUGCAUUUAGUCAACCUUCUGUCUCGCCCUCACCUGGUGGUUUCGGGUUUGGUUCAACACCUAAUCAAUUCCAGUUUGGUAGCCAGAUGAAUCAGACUGUUGCUCAGAAUCCAUCUCCAUUUGCCGCAUCAGGCAGUUUCGGUGGUGGAGGGAGUUUCUCAUUGGGUAGCAAUGAUCCUGACAAAUCAGUUCGAAAGAUCGUCAAAGUUAGUAGAAACAAGAACAGAAAGAAGUGAAGCAGUUGGCAACAACAUUGGAUAGAUUCCCAUAUGGUAGAUAUCGGCUGGCAAGAGGACUUUUCGACAACAAAUCAGGCUAUCAGCAGCCACGGUUUAUGGGUUUGUGCAAUUUUCCCCUUUUCUUUUAAUUUUGGUCAUUGUAGGUCUGCAUCUCUGGAAACGAAAGAUCUUGUGAUCCUAUCAGCUUCUCGUUUUUGGUGCAAAUCUAUGGCCUAAAAUGUCACAAUUUUGGAUAGCAUUUCUUUGGUAAAGUGGUUGUAUUGCAUCAGUAGCGGGCACUGUCGAGGGGCCUGUGCUCAGAACUCUUACUCGAUGUGGUGCACACUGCACACUACCCGAUGGAUGGUGUCCGUGCCAGGUAUGAAAUAGAAUAAUCGCGUAAAUUAACCGUAUGGCUGGGAAUAUUAUUUGGACAUAUAUAUUCCUCCAUUGAAUGCCAUCAGCAAAGGUUAUUUAUUUAGAUUUUUACCAUUUGAAGGAAAGCACAUCUUAUCCUUAAACCAAAAUUUAAGAAACUAACAUAUAUUGUUGAAUUUAAAUGUGCAUGUAACAACAACUAAGCGAUUUAAGAAUUGCUUAGAAGUUACCAC